AUGAAGCGUCUCAUGAAUCCACAGUCAGCCAGCAUCCUCUUCCACGCCUUACCCCAGGAAAUCCGAGACGAAAUCUACGCAGCCUACUUCGACGCAACUCUUCUCAUUUGGGGCGGAACGAACGACGACGGGAGCCUCGUGGAGCCCGCCGAGCACUCCCUCGCGCUGCUCCGAACGUGCCACAGAGUACGAGCAGAGAUCGGCCUCUCCUGGAUCGGACAGGUCGUCUUCAACUUCGAGCACCCCGACGAGAUGCUGGACAUGCUGGAGGCCAUGCUGACCACCAUGCCCCACGACUCGAUCGUGCAAAUACGGCACAUGCGCCUCUUUGGCGACCACGUUGUGCUGUGUACGCCCGGCUUCGGGAAUGACCACCCGGUCGAGUACAUCCUCAACUCCGCGCUCGAGAAAUACCUCGGCCUCCGCCCGGAUGCGCUCAGAGUUUCCGGCACCCUCAAGGAACUCCCUCACCCGUGGGCCGGGCAUACGGUUCUCAGCACCUAUGCGAAAGAUGCGAGCGACGGCAGUGUCGGCAUCCGUGACCCUGGGUCUCCCUAUUUUCUUUACUGCGGCGAGGGCCUCGCCGAAGAUAAGGUGGAUGACGACCACGACGAGCGGGAGAAUUGA